AUGGUUAACGUUGUUUUAGGUACCCAAUGGGGUGAUGAGGGUAAGGGUAAAUUGGUUGACUUACUCGUCGGUAAGUACGACGUUGUUGCCCGCUCUGCCGGUGGUAAUAAUGCUGGUCACACUAUUAUCGUAGAUAAUGUGAAGUACGAUUUCCAUAUGCUCCCAUCAGGCCUUGUCAAUCCUAACUGUUUGAAUUUGAUUGGUAAUGGUGUGGUUUUCCACGCUCCAUCUUUCUUCAAGGAACUAGAGAACUUGGAACAGAAAGGCUUGACAAAUGCCAGGGGCAGGCUAUUUGUCUCAUCGAGAGCUCAUCUGGUGUUCGACUUCCACCAGCGUACUGAUAAGUUGAGAGAAGCUGAGUUAACAGUGGCUUCUCAAGACGGUAAGAACAUCGGUACCACUGGUAAAGGUAUCGGCCCAACUUACUCUACGAAGGCAUCUAGGUCUGGGUUGAGAAUCCACCACUUAAUGUGCGACAGACCUGGUGCUUGGGAAGAAUUUGAAACGAAAUACAGAAGAUUACUGAAGACCAGACAGCAACGUUAUGGUGAUUUUGAAUACGAUGGAGACGCUGAGUUGGCCCAGUACAAGAAACUCAGAGAGCAAUUGAGGCCUUUCGUUGUUGAUUCUGUGGAUUUCAUACACAAAGCAAUGAAGGAGAACAAGAAGAUUUUAGUUGAAGGUGCUAAUGCUUUGAUGUUGGAUAUUGACUUCGGUACAUAUCCAUAUGUGACUUCAUCUUCCACUGGUAUUGGCGGUGUCUUAACUGGUUUGGGUAUUCCUCCAAGAUGCAUUGAUGAAAUCUACGGUGUUGUGAAGGCAUACACCACCAGAGUCGGCGAGGGCCCAUUCCCAACUGAACAACUGAACGAAUACGGAGAAAAGUUGCAAGAUAUUGGUGCUGAGUUUGGUGUGACUACCGGACGUAAGCGUCGUUGCGGCUGGUUAGAUUUAGUUGUCUUGAAGUACUCUACUUUGAUCAAUGGUUACACUAGUUUGAACAUCACUAAGUUGGAUGUCUUGAGCACGUUUAAGGAAAUUAAGAUUGGUGUCAAAUACAGACUAGAUGGUGAGGAGCUAAGUCUUUUCCCUGAGGACCUAAGCGUUUUAGCCAAUGUUGAGGUUGAAUAUGUUACUUUACCUGGUUGGGAACAGGAUAUCACCAAGAUUUCCACAUACGAGGAAUUGCCAGAAAACGCAAAGAAGUACUUGAAGUUCAUUGAAGACUUCGUUGAAGUUCCUAUCCGGUGGGUAGGUACUGGUCCAGGUAGAGAAAGCAUGUUGUAUAGGGAGCUUGCUAACUAA